AUGCUCACUAAAUAAUAGAAAUUACAUGAGAUAGUAUCGUAGAGCAUAUUAAAACCGUAAUUUUAGUAUAAUAAUUAGAUCCACUACAAAAGCUUCUUAAAAAUUAAGUUAAUCAUUCAAUCCUAAUGGAAUAAUAGGAUAAUCUUUGAGUCCAAAUUAAAAAACAAAUUAAAGUAUGGGAUAAAAAAAAGGGAAUCAAAUAAAAUAAUAUUAGCAAGAACUUCUAAAAUUGAUGACAAGUCAUAAAUAAUUAUCAUCAGGAAAUAAAAAAGCAAAUAUGUCAGAUAUGAUGAGCUAACAAAAAGAAAGUAAACGUAUUAAUUCUGGUACAAGUCAACCUUAGAAAUCAUAAAUGUCUAGCAAAUAAAGUUUUGUUAAUACAGGACUUACAAUAAUAGUAAAUAAUGAGAAUCAAUAAAUUAAAUUUAAUAUUGAAUCUUCAAAAACUACAGGAUGGUUAGAAUAAUAUUUGAAAUAGGAAAUAAAAAAGCAUUCAAUACAUUAAUAUUCAUCAACAGGUUCUUAACCAGAUGAAAGAAAAGUAACAUGUGGUACUGGGAAUGAAUCUUCAGAUUUAGAGAUAGUCUCAUUUCAUACGGUUGAUAAGAAUCUUCCAGUAGAUUAUUAUUUACAAUAGCCUGAUAAAAGUUUAGAAAUUUUUAGUGGUUAAACAUUGAAUUUAUAACCAUUUUAUGGAACUCCUUAAUAAAGCAAGAUAACACUAAAGGAUUUUGUUUUUGUGAAAUGUAUUGGAGUAGGUGGGUUUUCAAGAGUUUAUAUGGUUAAAAAGAAAUCAAAUGGAAGAUUCUAUGCAAUGAAAUUAAUUGAUAAGGAAUUUAUUUUGCAAAAUAAGAAAUAAGGUAUGAUUAAAAUAAAUUUAAAAGGUAUUGUAUAAAAUGAAAGAGAUAUCAUGACAGUUCUUGAUCAUCCUUUUAUUAUUAAAUUAGAAUAUGCAUUUGAAUCUAAGAAUUUCAUAGUUUUUGUGUUAGAAUUCUGUAGUGGAGGAGAGUUAUUUUGGUAAUUAAGACAAGUAAAAAGAAUGACAGAAGAUUAAGCAAGAUUUUACUUUACUGAAAUAUGUUUAGCUAUGUUUUAUCUGCAUUCAUUAUCUGUAGUGUAUAGAGAUAUUAAACCAGAAAAUAUUUUGAUUGAUAUUGAUGGUCAUAUUAGAAUAGCAGACUUUGGAUUGUCAAAACCCAAUAUGAAUGAAGAUGAUUAUGCAUACAGUUUUUGUGGUUCACCAGAAUAUAUGGCUCCAGAAAUGUUAUUGAAAGUUGGACAUAAUGUUUAAGUGGAUCAUUAUUGUUUAGGAGCAUUACUGUAUGAAUUAGUCACUGGAUUGCCUCCAUAUUAUUCUAGAGAUACAGACGAAAUCUAUGAAUCAAUACUCAAUGAAGAAUUAACAUUCCCUGAGAAAUUAAAUUUAUCAUCUGAUAUAAAGGUAUAUUCAAUUUUUACAUAGAAUCUAUUACAAGGUUUAUUAUGCAAACAACCAUCAGAAAGAUUAGGAGCAAAUAAAGGAUUGACAGAAUUACUUACUCAUUCUUGGUUUAAAGAUGUGGAUCUUGUUUCAAUAUUAUAAAAGUAAGUACCUCCACCAUUUAAACCAAAUCAGUUCAAAUUUAAUUAUGACUCAAAUGAUCUGAUGAAAGGAGAAUUAGAAACUAGAGAAAAGUUAUUAGGCAAGACUGGUUUGCAAUAAGAAAUAAGAAUAUUUAAGGCAUUCUAUUUUGACUCUUAAGAACAAAAAUAAAUGAAAUAAGAACAAGCAAAAAUAUUGAAAUAACAUUUCAUGAUGGUCUCACAAUAAUAAUUGGCACUCAAUUCCAAAUUUAAACCACAAAGAAAAUAUACUGAAUCUAAAGAAGCCAGCAUCUCCUUAAACUCAUAAUAAAAAAUAAUAAAAACUCACUCCUGAGUAAUUUUAAUCUCUCUAAAAACGAAUAAAAUCUUAGUAUAAUUCUAUUUCAAUUUAGAUAAUCUUCAAUCACAAAUGUAUAAUAAGUCAGUUCUAUUCCAAGUCCAGCUCAAUCCACUGUUAAAGGAUUGAAGCGAAUCAUUUCUCAAAACAAUUUCUUUGCUGAUAGACAAAAUACAUUGCCUAAUGGAUAAAAGGAAUUAGAUUAUCAUCAAUUAUUGUCUAAUGUCUCUACA